CCAUCUUGUCGAUACAGACAUGGUCUGAGUGUUGCCUGGCUCAUUCCAUUCACUCACGAAAGUAUAGAGUUUGUUUCUCUAUAGAUUCACAAUGGUUCAACUUGCACAGCCUGUUGUUGUGUCGCUCAACGACCUCAGACAGGGCAACAUUCCCUUUGAGGCUCUCGAGGAGGCCUUUGGGCCAGAAUCGCUGGGGAUAUUAGUAGUGAAAGACAUCCCCCCCGAGUUUGCCCACUUGAGACACCAGACAUUGUCGUAUGCUUCUUACUUGGGUAACCUGCCCGAACAAGAGCUGAAAAAGCUCGAGAACGAGAAGGCUAAAUACCUGACGGGGUGGUCGCUGGGGAAAGAAACGCUCAAGAGUGGCCAAGUUGACACUUUCAAGGGUUCGUACUAUGCCAACUGCGCGUUCUACGUCGAUGCUACCCUCGACUGCGCCAAGUCAACCGCCGAGUUUAACACGGAUAACUUUCCCGAGUACCUGUCGCCCAACGUAUGGCCAGCGCAGGCUAUACUUCCCGGUUUCAAACCCAACCUCGAGAGCCUUUGUCGAGUCAUCAUCGACACGGCUGUCCUCGUUGCGCGGGCAUGCGACAAAUACGCCGAAUCCGAAAUCCAGACAUACCCCAAGGGGUACUUGGAGCAUGUUGUCAGCACCUCGAAUACGACGAAGGCGCGCCUGUUGCACUACUACCCGCAAACCCAAGAAGCGCUCUCCAAAAUGGGUGCCGCCGACGAUGACUGGUGCAGCGUCCAUGUCGACCACGGGUGUCUUACUGGCUUGACGUCGGCUAUGUUCAUUGACGAAAAGGAUACCUCGACUGCGAUACCGGAAAUCACAAACGACAAAUCGGCGAGCCUGCCACCGCUCGCUGAGCUAGCAGCAUCACCUGACGCCGCCGCCGGGCUGUACAUCCACUCGAGAACGGGGGAGACGGUGCAAGUGAAGAUCCCGCGGGAUUGCAUCGCCUUCCAGACAGGGGAGGCCCUCGAGCGCAUCACGGGCGGUAGGUUCAAUGCGGUGCCGCACUUCGUGAGGGGCGUCAGGGCGUCGGUGAGUGACGGCCGGGUGGCGCGCAACACGCUGGCCGUCUUCACUCAACCGAACCUCGGCGAAGAGGUCGAUAUUGAGCAGCACAUAACGUUUGGCGAGUUCGCGCGGGGCAUCGUCGCUAAGAACACGGUUGCAUAGAGUAUCUGCCCUAAGUGAGCGAUGACGGUCCUGGAAGACGAGAAAGUGGAAAGAGGUACAAUACAAGACGUCGGGCUAUUCGUUGCCCCGACAUCGUUCAGAUCAUAAAAUCAUAGUGAAAGAAUGACGAUAACCAACUCUGUGGAUGGAUUUGUCAAAAACAAAAUCGGGGCCAAUCAAUCGGUCAUCAUCC